AUGCUCCUAAUUCCCUCCUUCACAACCCUAUCCCUAUCCCUCCUCCUCACCAACCUAGCAACAAGCACAACAACCAACAAAAACGAACCCCAACUCCUAUCAAACAUCUCCCUCAACACAGACGAUGCAUCCUCCCUCUUCAGCGAGAACCCAAGCCUAAACGCCCGCGCAUUGGAAUGCAGCAUCGGCUACAGCGAAUGCGCCUACAACACCAACCGCUGCUGUCCGUCCAGCGGGAAAUGCUGCGGGAACGGGUACUGCGCCGAUAUGGGCGAGAUGUGCUGCACGGGCGGUGGUACGUGUGCCGUUGGAUUCAAGUGCUGUGCCGGGACGACGGGGUGCGCGCCGUUAGGUGGGGAAUGCUGUUCUGGUGGGUACUAUUGUCGGGCUGGGAAGAAGUGUCGUGUCUAUGAUGGGGAGAAGGUUUGUUGUCCGUUGACGGGUUGUAUUGGGGAAUAUGAUGGUGUUGGGUCUGGAGGUACGCUUACGGGUUUGGAUGUUACGUCCACGGUGACGGAGACCGAGGUUGAGACUACCCGGGCUACCACGACUUAUUUGGAGGUUGAUUGGGAUUAUUAUUAUACUACUGUCUACUGGACUUAUUGGUUCUAUUACUGGACUUCUUAUGCGCCUUACACGGUUCAGACGGUUACUUCGACAACUACCAGUACUCGCACUGUCUGGUCUGUUUAUGCGACAAACAGGGCGGAGGCGACAUCGUCGCUUAGUAGGAGAUCGUCGCGUUACUCGUUCUCGACUCCUUACUCGGCAACUUCUCUUAAAAGCUCGACGGCGCCUGUUACCUUGGCGACUGGUGCUGCUGCUCCGUCUGCCACCGCGUCUGAUUCGACAGAUGACACCGUUGCAGCUGGUCCGGUUAUCGGGGCAAGUUCCGCGGAAAGUGUGAGCGUCAGUGGGACUGGCAUCCUGGCUGCUGUCUUGGUUGCUGCGGUUGGUGGAUUGGCCUUUGGGCUGUGA